AUGUCAGGUCCAGAUGGUGGAUGCGAGGGAGUGCAAGGUCCAGGUGGUGGAUAUGAGGGAGUUGGAGAACCAGGGAGUGGACGUGCGGGAGUCAUAGGUCUAGGUGGCAGAGGUGCGGGAGCUGGAGAUCUGGGUGGCGGAUGCGUGGGAGUUGGAGGUCCAUGUGGCAGAUGUGCAGGAGUUGGAGGCCAGGUGGCGGACAUGGGAAAGGAGUGUGAGCCUAAGAGUCCAUCAAAAAAGGUAGACCCCCCUCUCCAUCCUAGGAGCCCCUGUAAAACACCUAAUUCACACCACAGGCGGAGGAAGUGCCACUUAUGCGACUUUUUGGAACCAAUCUCAAUAGGCACCUUUGCACUAUGCAUGCCAAGCAUAUGCCCUCCCUGGAGGCUGUGAAUAGGGCCGUCUUCCGAUCUGACAAGAGCAAGGUGCAGGGUGGCACCUAAAUCUACCAGUGUGCCCUCCCUGGCUGUGCUGCAGUGGUGACGCACAAGGCGUAGCACCUCUGCCACAACCAUAAGAUCUCAAACGCUAGAGAGAUUAAAGAGGCCUCUGUGUGGUUUGUCACCCUUCAGGCACCCACCAGCCCUAAAAAAAGAUCAGCUGUCUAGGUGGCAGACGAGGGUUCUAAACCCGUCCUUGAGAAGAAGAAAGUCCAAAUGGCAGACAAGGAGUCAGUACAUGAGGUCCAGGUGGCGGAUAAGGAGGCAGUUAAUGAGGUCCAGGUGGCAGACGAGGAUUCAGUUACUGAGGUCCAGGUAGGGACAACAACAGCUGAGACGAGGACUGUUCGUUGGACAAGCAGUUCAGUAGUGUUGGCGAGGAGGAGUAUAUCGCAUGGUCUGACCACUAUGCUUUGGGAGAAGGCUACCACAAGACUGUGCGACAACAUCUUGUAA